AUGGAUGGUACUUACGACGAGAUCAUCUCCGAUAACCCGUUCUUCGUUGAAUUGAAGACAGAAUACUCUAAUUUGUUUCAACAUUGUAUAACACAAUCUUGGGUAAUAUGUGUCCCUCGGAUUGGAAGUUUAACGACUCGUGUGUUCACCGUUGAAGACUUUUGUGCUCAUAUACUUGUGCCUAGUGACGAGUUACCGGAGACUCAUUAUAGUACGCUAACGGAGAAACAAGUGACUGUGUCAAAUAAAGUGAUUACACUCGAAGUGACCAAAGGAUUGCCUUUACAAAGCCAUAUUUUAUUUGAAGAAACAUUCUACACUGAGGACUUCAUCAAGUACAAAGUGUGGUGUAUUGAAACUCCUCUGGAACCUACUACUAAAUUCAAUGAUAAUGCAAUAUCUAAAGAGUAUCUUACAUCCAUCAAUGACUGCAUUGACUUGCUCUGGACACAAGCUGCUGGCCGUCAAGUUCUUGAUCAAAUUGAACACAAUGUACAGACAUUUUUAAAGAGCCAUCCCACGUUACCUGUUGCAGUAGCACCAUUACGAGAUACAGUAAGUGAAUUAUACACACAAUGCCUCCAAAUUGCCUUACAAAAUAGAAGACUCAGAGACAAAUCAAAGUCUUGUAAACAAGUGCUAGAAAACAUAAAGUUAGCUGUAGAGUGCUAUAUGCAGCACUUACUAUUUGAUGCCUUAUUCAAACCUAUAUGCACUUCCUGUGCCUAUGAAGACUCACAUCUUAAUAAGAAGAUAAGGAAUAUGUGUGACAUCCAGCUAAGGGACCUGGACAUCAAAAAAGAUCUAUAUCAUGCAGUGCCCAGAGCUAAACAGAUACUCUCAAGAUAG